GCGUACAUUUAUUGUCCGUUGUGUCGUCGUCCGAUAACUACCUACGUAUAGUUACGCCGUCAGCGGAGAGUGGUGACUAGUGAAGACAUCUUAGAUCUACAUUGUACUGCUCUUUAAGGGCAGGCAGCCAGUUAUUGUUAGUCAGUACUAUAUUAUACUUAGAUUGAAUUGCGUUUGCCGAACGCAAUAUUAAUUUUGAGAUUAAGUUAUCUUUCUCUUUAAAUCUUUAUUAAACUGAACAAUACGGGUACUAAAAAAAGAUGAGUGUAGAUAUAAGUGAAAUGACCAUGUCUCAGCUUCAAAUUCACUCUACAAUACCACAUCUAUUGGGUCCUAAAAGUAUAUCAACAUUAUGCACUAAAUGUGACAAACACAUUCGUACAAAUACAUCAAAGAAAGCUAAAUCUUCUGCUAAGUGGAGUUGUUUACUGUCGAGUAUCUGUGGCACUUUAAUUCCUUGGUGCAUGGACUCUUACAAUGUUGUCGACCAUGAGUGCCCAAAAUGUAACACUAUUUUGGGACAGUACACACCAUAAACUAAACUUCAACAAUAUAGUCGUACCGCUUGUACCAUAAUUUUUUUAACUACUUUUAUUUUUAUUUAUUAAAAACGACAAUUGAAUAAAAGUAAUUUUCAAUUUUUCAUAUAGUAUGAUAUUUCUAUAAAAAAAGAUAACGUGUUUUUUAUUUUUCUAUUUUAUAUUCAAGCAUAUGGUAGCAGUGUAUUUAAAAAUAAGGUACCAUAAUAUUAUUUUUCCACUGAUAAUGUAAAAUAAAUAUUUUUAAUUGAACAAUAUGA